AUGAAUCCCGUCGGAAAGUACAAGGGCUAUACGCCUGUCCAUCUGCCUGAUCGGCAAUGGCCGAACAAGAUACAACGGGAAUCUCCUAUAUGGCUGUCUACUGAUCUCCGUGAUGGCAACCAGGCGCUGGCUAACCCCAUGACGGAGGAGCAAAAAGUGCUCUUCUUUAAGAAGCUAGUCUCCAUUGGCGUCAAAGAAAUCGAGGUGGCAUUCCCUUCGGCGAGCGACACAGAUUUCGGAUUUGUUCGCCGCAUCAUUGAGGAGGGCCUUAUUCCUGAUGACGUGUGGAUCCAGGUGCUGACGCCUGCGCGCGAGGAGCUAAUUCGCCGCACGUUCGAGUCGGUGAAGGGUGCAAAGAAUGUGAUUAUCCAUAUGUACAACGCCACCUCUCCGCUGUUCCGCGAGGUGGUAUUUGGCAACGACCAGGCUCGGACGAUCGACCUGGCGGUCAAGCACACGAAGCUGGUGCGGGAGCUUAUGGACCACUACACCCAGCCGGCGAAUGGCGGUACGACUUUCCGCUACGAAUACUCCCCGGAGACCUUCACACAAACGGAGCCGGACUUCGCGAUCCAGGUGUGUGAGGCUGUGCGCGAGGCUUGGGGUCUGGCCUCCUCGGACAACCGGCUGAUUUUCAAUUUGCCUGCGACUGUUGAGAUCGGUCCGCCCAAUCACUAUGCCGACAUGAUCGAAUACUUCUGCCGGAACAUUAAGGACCGUGAUACCAUAUAUGUGUCCUUGCACCCCCACAAUGACCGUGGCUGUGGCAUUGCGGCGGCUGAGCUGGGUAUUCUUGCUGGUGGCGAUCGCAUUGAGGGCUGUAUUUUCGGCAACGGCGAGCGCACUGGUAACGUUGACCUGGUGACCCUCGCGCUGAACCUUUACACGCAGGGUGUGGCGCCAGGUCCACUAGAUCUCUCGGACCUGCCGUCUCUCAUUGAGGUGGUGACUAGCUGCAAUGAUCUUCCCGUGCACCCGCGCCACCCCUAUGCGGGUGAGUUGGUGAUGACUGCUUUCAGUGGCUCGCACCAGGAUGCGAUCAAGAAGGGCUUCCAGGCACAGCAAAAGCGCCGCGAGGCCGGUGACACGAUCUGGAACAUGCCGUAUCUGCCUGUGGACCCUGCCGACCUGGGUCUGACAUACGAGGCUGUGAUCCGUGUGAACAGCCAGAGCGGCAAGGGUGGUAUUGCAUACCUGCUCUCGCAGUCUCUUGGCGUGGAUCUCCCGCGCCGCAUGCAAAUCUCGUUCUACCAGGUGGUCCAGGCUCUCGCUGAGGAGACUAGCAAGGAAAUCUCAACGAGCGAUAUUACUGAGGCGUUCCUGCGCACGUAUCAUGUGCCUGCGGCGCGCCACGGCGGCAACGAGGGCAAGUUUAGCCUCCGCAGUUUCCGACUGAGCGAGGCUGGCGCACAGAUCUCGCCCGAUGGUGCGAGCGUGUCGCAACAGCGCAUCUUUGAGGGUGUCAUUGCGCGCCAGGGCGAGCCUGUCGAGGUGCAAGGCACCGGCAAUGGGCCGCUGUCCGCCCUCUUGGACGCUGUUGAGAAGCACUUUGGUUUGAGUGUGAACGUGCGCGAGUACAGUGAGCAUGCUCUUACGCGUGCGAGUGCCCUUACGAUGGGCACGGAGUCGGGUGCGCGUGGACAAACGCGUUCCCAAGCGGCGUCGUACGUCGAGCUUGUCCGGCAGGAUGAGAGCGAAAAGCUGGGUGCUAGCAAGGCCCAGGGCUUCUGGGCCCUCCACAACUGGACUGCUUUGGCCAUGGAUAAGCGGGCCGUCGUCGACUGGGUGCGCCCGUACGUGCAGGCGUGGGGCCUGCACUACUUGCCAGAGCAUUUGAUUUCUAUCAUGCGAUCAAUCCUUCUCUGGUUCGCGAUUCAACUGCUCUCGCAUUCCGUUUCGCCCAAGCUUUUUCCCAAGUCGUUUGCAAACAUGUCGCCUCGGACUCGCACUUCUUGGGAUCUGCACAUGGUUUCGUUGGUCCACUCCGUCAUUGUUGCACCAAUCGCCUUGUACUACUGGCUCCAGAUUGACGAAUCGACAGACCGACUAUGGGGCUAUGACUACACGCUUGCGCAGGUCUAUGCUCUGUCGCUGGGGUACUUUGUUUGGGACGUGAUAAUGUCUCUGCGCUAUGAGGGCUUUGCCUUUGUACUGCAUGGUAUCCUGGGAUUUAUAGCGGCGCUACUGGUCUACAAGCCUCUCCUCAUGUUUGACGGGCUGAGCGUUCUUAUCUGGGAGCUGAGUACGCCGUUCUUGAACAUUCACUGGGCUCUGGACAAGCUGGGACGCACAGGCUCGCGUCUCCAGCUAAUCAAUGCCGUGUUUCUGGUAUUGACAUACGUCUGUGUCCGCCUACUUCUGGGCGCCUAUGCGUCGUACCGUCUCAUUGAGCUCAUGUGGGCCUCGGCCUCAACGGCCCGGCCGGUGUCGAUGUCUUUGCGGGUGAUCUACACCCUGGGUCUGCCUAUCCUCAACUUUUUGAACUAUAUGUGGUUCUUUAAAAUGCUACAGGCUAUCCGCAAGCGCUUUCCCUCCGAGGGCGUCAAAUCCAAGGCUUCAUAG